AUGGCUGCAUGGCGAUCUAGACCAAAUCAAUUGACAUGUCACAUUGUUAAACAAAAUUUUGGUUCAGCCCUUUUUGUUAGGAAAGCAUAUGAGGGCCUUUGGGAUAUUCCCAGUCUAGCUGCCAAAAUUGCAAGCGAUUCUCGCACACAAGAGCAAAAUUCGGAUAAACGGUCAAAGUCGGGUGGAAAGAAGUUUGACUCUCGUCCUCCUCCCCACAAUAAAGAUGCAACGACUCCAGCAGAUGUGUACAAGUUACAAGACGUUGUUCCUGAUUUGGAUAAUGUCGCCGUUGUCCCCUUGUUCAAUUUACCUUACAUGAAAUCUCAUCUAUCCUCUGCCAUUGCUGCGAACGAUGUUCAGAAAAUAAAAAUUAUACUUUAUUUGGCAUACUUGAUCGCAUUCUACAGAAUGGGAGAAGAGGGGCAGAUCGGGUCUAGGAAUUUUGUGGAAAAGAAACUCAAGACUGCUAGCAAGUCGUUAAUAGCCAGUCUGUAUAAUAAUUUUAGUGAGACGCCUGCCGGCGUGCGAACAAGAGCAAUGUUUACAAAACGAGCCAGCAGCAAGUUGUUGUCGUAUAUAUGUGUCGUUUGCCUAAUCAUUGACGAUUUCAAGGUUGAAUUCGGACAGCUUGUUACUGACCUUCAGCUGCAAAAAAUUAAACUUACUAGAUUCUUUAAGAACGUCGGAUGCACAAUAGAAGCUCUCACAAAAGCCGAACGAGAAAUGUUGGGCGUCAGUUACCGAUAUGCAGCAGAACACAAAUUCGCUAUACUUCGGAUACCAUUUACUAUUCCUGAGCCCACGCAAAAAAGAAUGAGCAAGAAGACGAAUGCGUGA